CAAAUAUAGUAAUAUAGGUUAGGUUAAGUUUCAAAAUUCAAAAUAGAAAAUAAGUGUAGUAUAAAAACAAUUUUCAGAAUGAUAUAAAUGUUAAAUGAUGGAUAAACUAUUGAAAACUAAUAUUAAAAUAGUAACCCGACUAUUAUUUGAGGGAAUUGUAAAACCAACCGAAUUAGUUAAUUUAUCUUUAAAGAAAAUAGCUGAAGAGAAACAUUUCAAUGCCUUUAUAACAGUGACGUCAAAAGAAGCUAAAUUUUUGGCCGAAAAAUGUGAAAAAAGAUAUUUAGAAAAAAAACCUGUCUCUGAUUUAGAUGGUGUUCCUAUUGCAAUAAAGGACAAUUUUUGUACAGAAAAUAUUAAAACAACAUGUGCUUCAAAAAUGUUAGAGAACUUUGUUCCUGCCUACAAUGCUACCGUUUGUCAAAGAUUGUUAGAUGCGGGGGCAGUUUUAGUAGGCAAAACCAAUUUAGACCAAUUCGCUAUGGGUUCUGCUACUAUAGAUUCUUCACAUGGACCUACGAAGAAUAUUUGGAAAUUUGAUAAUGAAAACUUUUAUAUUGCAGGAGGUAGUAGUGGAGGUAGUGCUGUAGCAGUGGCAACUGGUACAUGUUUUGCUGCAAUAGGAUCAGAUACUGGUGGCUCUACAAGGAAUCCAGCGUCUUACUGUGGCCUUGUUGGUUUAAAACCCACAUAUGGGUUAGUUUCACGUUUAGGAUUGAUUCCUUUGGUAAAUUCAAUGGAUGUUCCUGGAAUUUUAGCAAGAACUGUUGAUGAUGUGGUUUCUGUAUUGAAUGUUAUAGCUGGUUAUGAUGAAAAAGAUUCGACUUCACGUUCUAAACCGUUUAGAAAGAUUAGAUUACCUCCUGCUUCAAAGAUGAGCAUUAAAGGCCUUAAAAUAGGCAUACCUGUAGAAUAUAACUGUGAAUAUUUAAGUCAAGAAGUGGCAGACACUUGGAAUGAUAUUGCUACGAUGUUAAAGAAUGAAGGUGCUAUAGUAAAACAAGUGUCGAUGCCCAACACAGAAUACAGUAUUGUAUGUUAUUCAAUUCUAAAUCAGUGUGAAGUUGCUAGUAAUAUGGCCAGAUAUGAUGGUAUUGAAUAUGGAUUUCGGGCUGAUGAAGAUUCUUCCACUGAAAAAUUAUACGCCACUAAUCGAAAAAUUGGUUUCAAUGAAGUUGUAAAAAGUAGGAUAUUGUGUGGCAAUUAUUUUUUACUUACCAGAAAUUACGAUAAGUAUUUUACUAAGGCUCUUAAGACUCGAAGGUUGAUAUCGAACGAUUUUGACAACGUUUGGGACGAAGUUAGUUUGCUAUUAACCCCAACGACAUUAACAGAAGCACCAUUGUACAAAGAUUAUUUGCAAAAAGCUAACCACUAUAAGUUAAAUGAAGAUUAUUGUACACAAGCAGCGAAUAUGGCAGGAAUACCAGCUGUGUCUGUACCAAUAAAAUUAUCGAAAAACGGACUGCCAUUGAGUGUGCAGCUAAUGGGAAAAAAUUUAAGUGAACCUGUCCUACUAGCUGUGGCAAAAUAUAUAGAAAAUAUCGUCAAAUUUCCACAUUUUCAAUAUGAAACUUGAAUUUUCGAAAGAGCGUUUUUUACAUAGAUAAAGAAUAAAUGUUAUUUUACUAAUGAUGAUAAAAUAACAUAUAAAGCUGAUGUUUCGAUAAAUCGCAUUUUGUUAUAUAUUUUUAUUUAGCAAUUCUAAGUACGUAGGCGCUGUUUUACCCUAGCUUUAUUGGGCUUGACAUAUACUGCCUUCGAUCAUGGUGGACUGUAUGCAAAGUAGACUACCUGGGGUGAAGGCCUUAUGCUCCACCCUGUAGCCUCUGGAUGAUAUUCUUGAAGUUCUAGUUGAAGCACUGGGUGUAUUAAAAUAAAACCAUCACCCUACUUUUGAUUUAUUCACUACUUGAUACUUUCACAUUUAACACAUUUACAACUUUGUUACAUAAAAUUAUUGAUAAGUUACAUAUUAGCUUUUAUAAAUCAAAUCGCACAAUGCUUGAAAUUGAUUACCGCGAAUGCCGGCUUUUUAGGUUAAAGUUUUUGCGACUUGUUGCUUGUUCGACUGACAAAGCGAAAGUCAUUUUUAGUUUUUUUGCUGCCGUUUUCUCUAAUUGGUUCUCUAGUCUCGUAUGAUUGCACGCGAUACUAUUGUUUUUUAAGAUCUCUCUUAUGAUUGGGUGAAAAAUCUCGCGUGACUAGCUUUAACUGUUCGCGAAGUAGCAGGUGUCUUUGAAGGUUACUUGAAAGUUAAAAAGGGUGGUUAUUGCACAACUUUGGAUAAUUGGUUUAUACAGGGAGUGUCUAUUUAGUAUUUUAUUCUUUUUUAUUUGUUAAGUGCGGAGGUUUAUACAGUGUGUCUAUUUAGUAUUUUAUUCUUUUUUGUUUGUUAAAUGCUGAUUUAGAUUAAUCUGCCCUGCAGAUAGAACACGUUAAAUGUCAUUUCAACAGGCGCUAUGCUUUUUUUAUUUAAAAUUAAAUUUAGCGUUUGAAACAAAAAAGUGUUUGACUGAAAGCCAUGAGCAUUUCCUAAAUGGGAAUGUAUCCACUGCAAGAUACGAUGAUUUUGUAAUUUUUGGGUUCUCCUUUUUUAUUUGACAAAUAUAAUUUUGAUGAGCAAUGAAAAUCAAAUGUGAAAAAAUCACUGCAGGAUUUACGUAUAAACUACACAAGCUAUAGCAGGGUCUACUUGGGAGCCUUAAAAAAAAUUGUUGGAGUGAGCAAUUCUCAUAAGACACACAACCAAACUUAUA